CGUGGCUCAGGCAGCCUAGUUGAGGCGAGGAGACCCCGUCGGCAGCGAGGCGGAGCUGAGGAUCCAGGAAGACGCAUUGGCUUGAAUCGGGUGUCCACGUUCGGGAAUCCAACCGCUGUCGGAGGGACUCCGUCGAGCGACGCAGCAUCAACCUAACUGAAAUGAAACGCUCUCUGGAAGACAAAGGAAAAGCACAAGGUGAACACAGUAAACCUUAUUUGGACGCACAUUGCGACACCGGAAGUGAGAAUAGUCAUUUGCUGAAGGUAUCAUCGGCUACUCGGAGCAAUGCAAAAGAGAAUGAGAAGUCCGCGGAUAGCGGUAUGCCAUCAUUUAUUGCCAUUCUAGACGAAGUGUUGGACGAAAAUAACAGAUCUAGAACUACAAACGAGCCAGCUUCGUCUCGAGGCAAUAGCCCAGUCAGCUCAGGCCAGGAUAACCGCCUUGGAAGCAGCGGCACAAGCAGACCUGAAAUUAGGUCAUUACUGAAAGAAGUUGACUUCAAACAUGACGCAAGGUUGAAUCUGCAAGAAGCCAUACAGCGUGAUAUAAAGGGCGAAUAUGUUUCUGUAGAAGACACACGGGAACAAAAUGCAACUCCUGCAAAUGACCCUGGAAGUAGGUCUUCGCUAUAUGGACUCUACUUCGAGGAUGGCCCACAGGUAGAUUUUCCAGAAUUCCUGACUAAGUACGCUAUAACAGGAAGUAAAGAAAUUGGGGAAACUGAGGAGUCCACUGAUAGCGAUAUGUCCUCAUUUACUCCCGCUUUGGACGAAUUGUUGGAGAGAACCAGCAGCGCUGAUACUACAAACCAGCCAGCAGCGCUUCAGGACGACGUUCCAAUCGCAGAGCAGGAUGGGUGUCCUGGAAGCAGCCGCACAAACAGCCCUGGAAGUAGCUCUUUACCGCAAGCGCACUCUAUCCAACAUAACCCAAGACUGAAUCUUCAAGAAGCCAUAGGCGACAUUCAGAUUGGAGACGUUUCCAUAGUAGGCACAAGAAAAGAGGAUGUGACCCCUGCAAGUAGCCCUGGAAGUAGCCCUUCCCUACAUGCGCUUUACUUCGAAGAUGGUCCACAGGUAGAUCUGCGAUUAGUUCUGAAUGGUUAUGUUCCAGCAAAACACACAAAGAGGGGCUGUAUUCAUGAUUAGCUUGGAACAGUGGGUAGCCCUUCCCUGCAUGGACUUUCCUUCGACGUUGGCCCGCUGAUAAACGUGCCGGAAUUUUUUACUAGCUACCCUUCAGGAAGCAUAGAGGGUUGCUGUAUUGACCACUAUUUUGGAAGAGUGAGUAGCUCUUGCUUACCUGGACUCCCAUCUGAGGAUGACCCACAGGUAUAUCUGCCGGGCGUUCCCACUAGCUAUCUUCAAACAGGAAACACAGAGGGAGUCUCUACUGACCAUGAGGUUGGAACAGUGAGUGAAAUUCCUAGUAUCGCCUACGGUGAUAGUGACAAAGAAUGCACAGGCACACGGUCUAUUUCGACGAUCAACUCGGCUUCCAAAGAGGUCGCUCUGUCUCUUCGUUCAGCUUCAGCUACAUACAAUGAACAGGACCACGGUCACCACCUGAGCAGAGAUGAUUACACCACAAUGACCAACGGCAAGGAUGUAGAAGUGCAAGUCCAUGAAGUUCAGCACGUCCCAGUAUUUCAGCAAGAUAAUACUUAUUUUACGGACAAUGUAAACGUCAUCCCUGAUAUCGAUGGCAAUUAUAGGGAAUACUCUGCAAGCAUGUGGGAGUUGAUAGCGCUGGCAGAAAAGACAGAUAGUAAAGUUGUCUCCUGCUGUCUUGAUCUACAUAACAAUAAUGAUAACCUUUCUGCAGAAACGCCAUCAGUGGCCUCAAUAAAUAAUCUUAGUUAUGAACUCGAACAGGGAACAGGAACUCUACCUCAGCCACCAUUAGACAAUAGGUUUGAGUGCUAUGAAACAAGUGGCACUGCUGCUAAAAGUGAUAACUCUUUUGUGGCCGCUUCAACAAAUAUUCGCGACUCGGCUUUGGAGAUUAUGUUUAGCAAAGCUGCAGAGCCUCACGGCUUUGAAGAUGCUGGUCCACAUGACGCAGCACCGGUUGCAGUAUCUUGCAGCGUUAUCGCACCGGCUACUCACCUUAAAAAUGACCCAAUUUUGCCAAACUUUACGGAAUCAGGUGGCCUUUACAUUGCGCGAGCACACGAGACGAUCCUUUUUCGAAAGCCGUCUCCCACCGUUCUGUUCGUGGACAGUUGCAAGCGCCAGGAGCCAGAGCUGUUGCUUACGUCAUCAAAGGGGCCACUGAAGCAAGUCGUUGCUGGCUUGGUAGGACGGAAUCAGAGUAUACACUCUUCAACAGUAACUGACGGUGGUGAAGUUUGCACUAGUUCAUUUGACUCUGAAAACGACAGUUUGUUUCAUGCCUCGCCUUUAUCAUUAGCAGGACUAAGUGAUACUGAGAAAGUUGAAUUUGAUAAUGACUUCGUAAAAUUGCUUUCGUCGUCCACCUCAUUGUGUGCCAUAGAAGACUCUGACGAUAAUGAUUUAAUCCUGAAUGAGGAUAUCAAUGUGAGUAGGUGCUGCCAAAAACGCCGAUCAGAGCGUUUUAAAACAUAUCUUCCUACAGUUCGCUCGAGCAGCAGUACCGCCACGGACAUCCAGCAACACCCUAAUCUACAGACCAGCAGUAGGACCCCCUUUGAUGCUGUGGCAGCGAAGCACCCGCAGAAAGAUGUGACGACGUGGAGCAAUGCCUCUGGAGCGGUCGAAUCAAAGUGCACCAAGACAGAUGACGUACUGACGGGCAGUAGUGCCUCCACUUGUGCACCAAAGCAUCCAGAGGAACGUCUUCAUAUGACGACGGCCAGCAAUUCCCCAACUGAAAGAUCGACAAGAGCUCGCACCACAAACGCCGUUGCAGUCGAAAGACCAUCUGUUUCGGCAAGCUCCACACCUACUCACGCAAGCUCAUCUAAAAAACCGUCCGUCGAAGCAAGCGUUAAGUUUCCAAAGAAAGUGCGUUCUCCGUACGUCAGUAAUGACCCGACAGAAAUCAAUGGCAACGAAAACCCAGCGUGGGAAUCUCUGCGAAGGCUCAGCACCGAGGACGAGCGAUACGAAGCCGCGCGUAGAGUUUAUAGUAGCAAACCCAUUCUGGAUUCCCAUGAAGACUUGUCGACAUAUGCUUAUCGUCGUCGACGCUCACUUGGCCGAAAACCUAUCGACCUCGGACAGGCACGACGCCGCCGAGAGCGUGAGAGGUCAAAUCCCGGCUCUUCCAAACAUUGCAAGCGUCUCCGAAUGGCCACCGAAAUAUUCGAUGAAAAUAUUUAAAAAAGCCCAAAAAGACAAGAAGAGAGAGAGCUUUCAAUAGCCCGCGAUAAGCUAAACCGCGGCCUACACAAGCUGCAUGAAACGAGGAGGAGCAAAGGGUCGAGCUGGAGGAGUGAGCGAGAGGAGGAAGGAGCGAGGAGACACCGGCGGUACCAGACGGCGCCAUGGGAGGAACGAGAAAGGAUGCACCGGACGGUGCCAGAAGGCGCCAGAAGAGGAAGGAAAGAGGAUGCACCAGCGUUACGAGAAGGCGCCACAGGAGUUUCGUUAUUGGCAGAUCCAAAAGCAGUUCUUCCGCGACGACUUUAGAGCGCAUGAGCAAAGGAUCAUGUACGCGUGUACCUUGAAAAUACAAAAGUUACGCAACGCCAGCGAGGGGGUGCAUCGCGUCAACACUUUCUACGCUGGCCUGAAGAAUUCUGACCCACGGCUGCUGUCGCAUCAUCAGUUGAAGGAACAACUGGCGCUAGUAGACAUGCUUGAGUAUCUCCAGAAAUUCUACGACAAAGUGGAGCAUUGAUGAACACUGACGUGGUAGCUUGUGAUUGAUCUUGGUUUAUGUGCUUACUGCAUUUUAAUAAAUUAUUUUC